CACCAAAUGGCACCCUUGUCGCAUCUGCCCAGGAUAGGAAAGUGACACCAACCAGCGUUAAGUUCCAGGGUACUUUCUUGCUCACCGUCGCACCAGAUUCUGCUCUUACGCCUCCCCCACUUUGGUUUCAGGAAUGCAUCUCGUUCGACGUUCCUCCUGCAGAUUUCCUUUCAACCAGUUCUUGCAUUACCAUACAUUUGGGCAACGCAGCCAGCUGGCAGUCUUCCAGAGCUGGUCUGGUAGAUGGACUUCCCUUCCUUUUGCUGGAGAACGACUACGUCGAUAUCGGGGUGGCAUAAAUCAGAGACAACCCCCGUUUUGACGCAUGCGGGUAAAUGGGUCAGGCGAGAUUCAUGCGAUAAUCCAGGGUCCUCUUCUACACAAGAUCGAACGGCCGUCCUGCCAUGGUCUGCUUGCUCUGACUGGUCUGUCUCGACUGAUACUUGGUUAUCGACGACUUCAUGUCCUUGGAAUCCUUCUUUUGCUCUUUCUUUCGGCAAACAACAGUCUGGCAAUGCCACUCUUGUCCCUGAACCCUCGGUGCCACCAGCGCCGUUCAUUCCGUUCUCCUUAACACAUUCUCUUCGGCUGAGUGCACUUACACUAGUCAUUCAUGUACGUCUGUCUGUCUGUCUCUCUGUCUAUCUGCACAGCCUCCCACUUCCACGCAAGCACUUACUCUCGCACCGCUUACGUACAUCGACCACAGCGCCACAGGACCCGCCGGAUCGUGUCUUCUUUUGAUCUUGUUACUUUGCGGACUACCGAGGCACCAGGCAUCAAAUGCCACGCAAAUCACCACGUUUAGCGUCCUUGCAUCACCAGGCUGCCUCUUUCCGUCUCCAACUUGUUCACCUCAUUUGCUAGCCAAGGCGCUUCCCGCGGGACCCUCUCGGUCACAGCGUCCACGUGUACUC